GCCACGCUACCCCUCCCGAACACUAUAAUUUCCCUCCCUCUCCAUUCUUUUAACCCACCAGCCCACACCCCGCGCGCAAACCCUCCUCGAGCCGGCGACUCCAGAUCCCCAAUAGGAUCUCAAUUCCGGUCGCCUCUCCGGCCGCCGUUUUCCACCCUACGGGAUCCACUUUCCUCCCGGAAACCCGACAGGCACAAGGGUCUUGGAGUCGGGAUUCUACCUCGAUAACGACGAGCACUUUGGGGCUCGAGAUCGGGGGUUCGAGCGGGUUUCUUUACGAACGUCGGAUCUUUAUAGAAUAGGUGGGUGAUGUCCGGCUGUCGAACUUCUGAGGACCGCCUGGCGCGGCCGUGCGGACAGAUCCCUCAAUCGCUGAAGCACCGGCGACUGCUGUUGUCCUCGGCCAGUAAGGCCAGCCUGGUCGAGGACAACCGCUUCCCUGCUGCUGAUGGGCGUGCAGCCGGCACUGAGGUGGCUGAUUCCGUGGUCGUUAAUACGCCUCUGAAGAGAAAGCCUGAACAUGGAGAUAAUGAGGCUUCUGAGUUGAGUGAGCUGAAGAUAACUCCAGGCUCUGCUGAAGUAGUUAACAAUCCUCUUGUUAGACUGACCAAGAAAAGUUAUAGCAGACCUAAGGUAUCCAAGCACAACAAAUCUGAUGUCCAAGAUUCUCUAUCAAAUGCUGCAGGUUCGCCUUCAUGCAAUGCUCUUACUAAUGUUGGUACUUGCCGUUAUGAUAGCUCUUUAGGACUCUUGACCAAACGGUUUAUCAAUUUGCUUAAACAUGCACAAGAUGGCACUCUUGAUUUGAAUAAAGCGGCAGAAACACUUGUGGUGCAAAAGAGGCGAAUUUAUGACAUCACAAAUGUGCUUGAAGGGAUAGGACUGAUAGAAAAGAAUCUCAAAAACAAAAUUCGUUGGACUGGCUUAGAUGAUAAAAUGCCAGGAGAGGUUCAAAAUGAUCUGCCAUUGCUGCAGGCAGAAGUUGAAAAAUUAGUUUUGCAAGAGAAUCAGUUGGAUGAGUGCAUCAGCAAAAUGCAAGAAAGGAUGAGGGUGUUCACUGAAGCAGAAAGUAAUCAAAAGCUGCUUUAUCUGACAAUAGAUGACAUCAAAAGCGUACCUUGCUUUCAGAAUCAGACGCUUAUAGCAAUAAAAGCACCUCAUGGUACUACCCUGGAGGUUCCAGAUCCAGAUGAGGCUUUUGAAUAUCCACAUUGGAGAUACAGAAUUGUCAUACGAAGCACAAUGGGUCCUAUUGAUAUUUACCUUGUAAGUAAAUUUGAAAAGAAUUUUGAGGAGAUGAGUAGCGUUGAGACCCCUUCAAGAACUGAUGAGAUGGUAAGUUCUGGGUCACUGGAGGCCGCCAUCUUGGCAGUUGCAACAGAUGAGAGCAAAGAUGAGAAAAUGGAAUUCAAGAAUCAAGAUAGACAGGGGUGCCUUGAUGCAAGUUCCUCAGAGGAUACUGGCUGUGGUAUGACAAAAAUUGUACCUUCUGAAAUUGAUACUGAUGCUGAUUACUGGCUUCAAUCAGAUUUUGGAGCUAGCAUUACAGAUUUAUGGAACACGCCGCAAUCACAAUGGGACAGGUACAGGACAGAUGACUUCACUACAGAUAACACUAGCACGGCUGAGCACCAAACUCCAUGUGGAACUAUUGACCCCCCAACACAUGCUCCGCUCCAAAAGCUAUGAGAUAAAUCUAGGGACGUGAGAAAUGAGAUAUAAGACAGCCUUUUCUGGGGAAAGAUGAUUAGGAGGCCCAUCAGAAGUUGAGCUAUGAAGCAACUGAUGAAUCAAACGACAAACUGAUGAUGCUCGUUGCGAUGCGAGAGAGCUCUCGACUGCCAUAAGUGGCAUCCACAGCCCGUUUGUUGGGUUGACUUUUACAUCUUACUGCCUGGUUCGCUUAUGGAAUAUAAUUCUAAAUCGUGUUUUUUUUGCAUCUCACUUGUCUCACCUGUAUCUAGCUAGAGAGAGGGAGAGGGAGAGGGAGAGGGAGAGAGAGAGAGUAAAUUGGCGUGCAGUUUUCCAGAAAUCCCCAAUCUAUUCAUUUGAAAUGUGGCUUUGCUUC